AUGAUCGAUAGUCGAGAGGGGCAUUCAAGUUUUCUUGCUUUUCUGCGCUUUUUACUAGUGCUUGCUACCCUAGCACUUGCACACUUUCCAGGACCUGUCUCUGUAAUAUCUCCCAUUGCGAUGUCAGAGUCUACGGGUGAUUUCGAUGAAGUGUCUUGUUUUGAGCUGCGUCGGCGGAGAAAGCAUAUCCGCACUCGUUCUGUCGGUGUGGGUCUGGAAAACGCCAAAAACUUACCUCACCCCAUUAUCUCAUCCAAAGUAACUCCUCCGCCUCCCGCUGCCGCGGAGACUCUGUUCAACCACCGCCGUUCAGCUAGUUAUAGUGGAACCGGGGAAAAUCUCUUUGAGAACGCAACGCGAGCGGUGGAGCAGGCGGAGGAGUUCAUGAUGCAGCUGUGGGAGCGCGUCGGAUGGCGUGUCGUACACUAUUCGCACCUGCCUGAAUGGCUGCGCGACAACGACUACCUUCACUGGGGGCAUCGACCGCAGCUCACCUCUUUUGAGCAGUGCUUUCGCUCCAUUUUUCGAAUACACACCGAGACGGGUAACAUUUGGACCCACCUUAUUGGUUGUUUGUGCUUCCUCGUCCUGUGUAUUUCUUUUCUUGUGCACCCUGGUCUGGAUUUGCCUUGGGAUGAGACCCUCGUAAUUACAUUUUUCUUCGUCAGCGCCAUUCUCGCACUAGGCUUCUCCUGGACCUUCCACACUGUCUACUGUUAUUCCGAACCUGUGGGUCGUCUCUUCAGCAAAUUGGAUUAUAUGGGCAUCGCUUUAUUGAUAAUCGGAUCGUUUGUGCCAUGGAUACAUUACUCAUUCUAUUGUCAUGUCCCCUCCAAAAUCGUUUACCUAAGUGGGAUCAUCAUUUUGGGCGUAAUUUGCAUGGUAAUUAGUAGCCAAGAUCGCUUUUGUACGCCGAAAUACCGCAGCGUCCGUGCAGGGUUGUUCCUUAGCCUCGGUCUUUCGGCGGUCGUGCCAUUUGUACACUAUGUAUUCCUGGAGGGAUUCUGGAACACCAUGAACUCCUCUGGUGUGGGCUGGCUGGUUCUCAUGGCCUUCCUCUAUAUUACCGGUGCUCUGAUCUACGCCUUUCGCAUUCCUGAGUGUCUCUAUCCUGGAAAGUUUGACAUUUGGUUCCAAAGUCACCAGAUCUUCCACGUCUUCGUAGUUUUGGCUGCACUGGUCCACCUGAAUAGCAUUCUGGAGAUUGCAGAGUAUCGUCAUUCGAGGCGUGAAUGCUAUACUCGUCCGUAG